AUGCAUUCCCAACUCGCCCUCGCGCUCUUCUCCCUCCUGGCCGCUCACACGAUCGUCGCCCUCCCUCUCAACAUCAACCUCGGCGCAUACUCGCCCGCCCUGGUAGUCGGAGAUGGCGAAAUAUCAUUCGGCGGCAAGCAAGACGUGACCAACCUGAUGAACGCCCUGGAAGGCGCCGCCGUCUCCGGCGCAACAGCCAACGGCGUUGCUGCACCCAUCGUCACAACACCAACACCGCCUCCAGUAGCAGCAGCAGCCCAGGUCCAACCAGCGACUCAAGCAGAAGUGUCACCGGUCACGUCUGAAGCUGCACAGAUUGCCUCGCUGCAAGGCAUGGGUAAGGAAAUUUCGCCGCGUGUGGUUUCCUUGGAGAAUGUGGAGGUGCAGAAGAGAGAUAUCAAUGGCUUUAACGCAGCGUUGAAAUAUGCUACGGGAGCUCUUACAACGAGCCCGAAAGUCCAGCUGGGGACUGGUGCAGAGGGGUCUGGCGUUGGGAUUUUGCAAGAUGCUGGGGGUGUUCGUCCAGCUACUGCUGCCGCGAAGAGAGAUGAGAGCAGUGGGGGUGGAAGUGUAGUGGUUCCUAAGAUGAGAACUACGGUUACUACUAUGUUUGUUCGGGGUGGUGCUGGUCUUGCUCCUGCUGUCAAGGAGAGGAAUCUCGAAGAAGCACCAGGAGCUAAGCGUGCACCAAGCCCGGGUAUCGAUGGCGUUAACUUGAAUGUGGCGGAUGGACAAGUCGCUGAGCUGACAUUUGUGGAAACGAGAGAGCCGAGGGGUGGGGACGAGGAAUAG